AUGGCCGCAGUGCGCCCCAAGCCCGGUACGAGGCCAUCCAAACGGCCCAAGCUUAACACAGGCGGCGACGAGUCGAAUCUGCAGGAUCUGGUCAAUUUUCAGCUACCUCCUCGUCGUCAACACUUCAGUGGACCACGCCGUAGCAGGAAGACGACUGUGAGCUCGUUGUGGACCCGCGAACGCUUUGUCAAUUCAGCGUAUCGCUUUAUUCUCAAGCCUUCUGUAACGGCGGAUUACACCGUCCACUUUGUCGAUCCAGACAUUUAUUUUCAAUGGGGAGAUAUUGCUCAAAUUCUCGUACCCUACUCAAGCUCUUCUAAUGUUGACGAAGGCAACUCGACCUGUCCAAUCUGCCUGGGAACUCCAAUUGCUCCCCGAAUGACAAAGUGUGGCCACGUUUAUUGCUACUCUUGCGCCCUGCAUUAUCUUCAAACUGGGGAACACGGGAGCUGGCAUCGCUGCCCAAUAUGCUUUGAUACCAUCUCAGAGUCUUCUCUCAAACCUGUCAAAUGGUUCUAUGAAGCGGAAGCUGAUGCAACCGGAGACUCGACGCUCAAAUUGAGGUUAAUGGAGCGUCCCCAGAUUACGACUCUGGCUCUGCCCCAAUCGGACACUUGGCCAUCCGACCUCGUUCCCCCUCAUCAAGUAGCAUUUCAUUUUCUACCUGACAUCUACACGUUUGCACGUUUCAUGAUCCCCACACCAGAGUCUUUACGUAAAGACUUGGAAGAUGAGGUCGAGAAUCUCAAAAUUGAUCGAGAUGACAAGCUGGGAUACGGGGACAGCAUCGGGGCUUCCUUUGUAGAGGGUGCAAUAGCCAAGGUUCGCUCCCUCAUCGAAGAAGCGAAGCAGCUCGACGUCCCAGCCAUGCAAGAGGCAAUUACAGCUGCAAAGCGCGGAGUGGAGAGGAUCCAAGCUCAGCGCGAAAUGCGGGAGAAUGUUGCAAAGUUUGCCGACUUUAGUAUUGCAGACCCACGGCCCACCGAUUGGAGCGUUCAGCAGGAGCAAGGACCCCCGGUGAUGCGUGAAUCAUCUGCGAUACCGACGAAGCAGCUCAAGACACGAAAGAAUGUCAACCCACCACCACCAUCGACAUCGACGUAUUAUUUUUAUCAAGCGGCGUCGGGCUCGCUCACCUUUCUCCAUCCACUCGACAUUCGGAUCCUUCUCUCCCACUUUGGUUCCUAUGCCAACUUUCCUCAGAAUAUCGAGGUCAAAGUCGAGGCCCAAAAUGAAGGCACCGUUGAUGAGGACCUACGAAAGCGUUGUCGCUACCUCGCGCAUCUCCCCGAAGCAACAGAUGUAACCUUUGUGGAGGUGGAUCUGGAGUGCGUGGUCGGGAAGGAGGCCCUAGUUGCGUUCGAGGGCGCUCUGAAAAGUCGCCGGGCAAGGAGAAAGGAGAAGGAACGGAAAGACGACCGUGCCAAAAUCCGGGCCGAAGAAAGGGAGAAGGAGAAACUUGCGGAGGAUUAUUGGGUCCUGAAGUAUAGCGCAACCAGGACACAGACGGCCAUGCAACGGGAGGAAGAGGAGCUCCGGGCGUUUCUCCGUAGCGAGAAUAGUUCUGAUGAGACCCCUGUGCAACAGCCCGUUUCUGGAGCAUGGGGUCAGCGAAGUUUUGCCUCGACUCUCUCUGGACCUGCCACCGAUUCACCGGAUGAUUUAACUCCACAUGGGAUGAUGGCGUAUUGGGCUUUAUCGAACCGUCGCGCGCUUAUCCAUACCUUGAUGGUCGUCACUCCCUUAGCCGCCUCGCGUAAUCGACAACCCGCAUCGUCCCCUGGGGAUGAAUCCAGGGACUGGACGAUGGAUGUGGCAUGGAAGGAACUCGAAGAGGCUCGAAAUGCUGCCGUCGGGGGUGGAAGCAGGAAGAAGAAGGCACCCAAGCUCAUCCUCUCGCUAAAUGGUGGCGGGGCACCUCCCAGUCGUCGACGGUGA